ACACCUUUUUUUAAAUAGUCGGUGAAAGACGAAACAGCUGAUUUGUUUCGGUUUAAAGCACAUGUUUCGUGCGGUAUAGUCGCAGAAUAUUAGUCAGUUUUUUCAUUGUAAAGUAUUGAAGUUCGUAAGUUCAAUAAAAUAUAAUUGACAAGGGUAAAGGACGUUCUUUUUAGUAAAUGGUUUUUUGUGAAAUGAAAAAUAUUCUCUAGGUUGUAUUUUUUGAAUAAUUUCUCUAACCCGAGAAAAAUGGCUGACCGUGAUAGCGCAUCCGAAAGCGACUCGAGUUCAAUCGACGGUGGUCCGAUUAUGAUGCCACCCUCUCCUAUUUCUCGUGAACAAUUACAAAAAAGAAUUGAAUCGCUUCAACAGCAUAAUCGUGUUCUUAAAGUUGAACUCGAAACGUAUAAAUUGCGAGUAAAGGCACUCCAGGAAGAGAAUCGUAGCCUUCGUCAAGCUUCUGUCAUUAUACAAGCUAAAGCGGAACAAGAAGAAGAAUUUAUAAGUAAUACGUUGUUAAAAAAGAUACAGGCGCUUAAGAAGGAGAAAGAAACGUUAGCUCAUCAUUAUGAACAAGAAGAAGAAUGUUUAACAAAUGAUCUAUCCAGAAAAUUGAAUCAAUUACGCCAAGAGAAAUGUCGUUUAGAACAAACAUUAGAACAAGAACAAGAAUGUCUUGUGAACAAGUUAAUGAGAAAAAUAGAAAAAUUGGAGGCAGAAACUCUUGCGAAACAAAGCAAUUUGGAACAGUUACGUAGAGAAAAGGUUGAGCUUGAAAAUACACUUGAACAAGAGCAAGAAGCUUUGGUCAAUAAAUUAUGGAAACGAAUGGACAAGUUGGAAGCGGAAAAAAGAAUGCUUCAAAUAAAAUUGGAUCAACCUGUAUCAGAUCCAACUUCUCCAAGGGAAAUUAAUAAUGGCGAUACUGCGACUAAUUUAAGUACACAUAUUCAAACAUUAAGAAGUGAGGUUGCACGUUUAAGGCAUACUUUAUUAAUAUCACAACAAGAACAUACGGAAAAAAUGCAACGUUAUGUUAACGAAGAGAAACAAAUACGCGAAGAAAAUUUAAGACUGCAAAGAAAACUACAAUUAGAAGUAGAACGCCGAGAAGCUUUAUGUAGACAUUUGUCAGAGUCAGAAUCUAGUUUGGAAAUGGAAGAAGAACGUCAUUAUAAUGAAAUCGUAAUGUCGGGUGGAAAUAUAAGAAAUCGCACGGUUUCUAGUCCCGUCCCGUAUAAUCCUUCGCCUAGUUCUUCUAGGCCACUCAGUCCAGGUAAUAAUGUAAUAGGUUCAGCAUCACGAGAAAAUUUCAAUACUAAUCGGUGUUAUGCGUGUGGUCAACCAACUACUCUUCCUUUUACUAGUUCAUCUCCUCCUUCUGGGGGUCACAUAGUUCCACCAUCUACUAGGCGUACAUCUGAUAGAUUUGUUAAGCCAGCAAUUCCUCCAACUAUUGUGAAUCCUGCCGGUCCUCAGUUAACAAAUCCUACUGCUAAUACAACUGGAUCACCUAUGGAUAUUGCUAAAACAUAAAUAUUUGGGAUAUAUAUAUAUAUAUAUAUAUAUAUAUAUAUAUAUAUAUAUAUAUAUAUAUAUAUAUAUCAGUUGGUCCGAUAUCAUCAUCAUUUAUAUAUUAAUGAAAGGUACUUCUUUUAUUGGUGCAUUUGUACUAAUUACAUGAUUAUAUAUGAUAGAUGCAACCAGUGGCUUGAGAAAGACGUUUGGUUUCCAAUGUUUUAUAUAUUCUCCAGUUACAGUGUAAUGAUUCGAUUUUUGUUAGAUAUUACAAAAGGAAAGCAAAUAUGCCAUUAAUUAUUCUAUAUCGUUACACUAGCUAAUAACAAUAAAAAAAAAAAAAAAAAAAAAAAAAAAAAAAAAAAAAAAAAAAAAAAAAAAGAAAAAAAAGAAAAAAAAAGAAAAAAUAAAAAAAAAACAAAAAAAAAAACAAAAAAAAGAAAAAAAAAGAAAAAAACAACGCUUAUAUUAUAUUACAUAAGAACAUAAUCUACAACAGUAUUUAAGAAAAAAAGGAAAAAAAAACAAACAAACAAGCGUAUCGAAACUUUUGAUUUUCAUCAUGAAAAAUAGCCUAAUCAAAGCUAAAAAAAGAAAAAAAAAAUUAAAUAUAUAAAUGUAUUCUCUUCAGAUAAUAUCUCGCUCUCUUAUUUUUUCUGUAUCGUUCCAUUUGUCAUUAAGUUUUAUUAACAACUGGCUAUACAUUCAUAUCUUUUUUCUUCUUUGAAAAGAAAAGAAAACAAACAAACAAACAAGAAAAAAAGAAAAAGAAAAAAAAAGUUUUAUAUUAUUUUUAAUUAAGUGAUGUUAGAUUUUUUUCAAUGUUAAAUAUUAAUUUUUUUUUUUUGCUUCUUUCAAUUUUGCUAAUAUUUGUCGGAACAAUAGACAACACAACACACACAAAACAAUAAAUAAUGUCUCGUAUGUGCUCAAAGAAUUCAUUUUUGAUAAAACAAUAUUUUCAAUUGUAAAAAUCUUUAUUGCAGUAUCAGAUGAGCGAGAUUAUAUUUAUAAAACAAUAUGCACGCGUGAUAUCUAUGUAAUUGUUAUGGAUACGAGAAAAACAAGAAAGGUUUAGGAAUCCGGGUGGUAGAAGUCAAUAAAAAAAAAAAAAAAUAAAAAAAAAA